AGUACAAGUCGCACCUCGCUCUGGUUCGCAACAAUCGCGAAGUGCCGCCGCCGGUCCGGAGACAACAUGGGAAAAAAGGCAGAGAUCGGUGAAACCUGCGCUAAACGACCGAUCCGUCGCUCAAAAUCCGCCGGCUCGAGCCUGCUCCGAUUAAUCCUAAUAUCGUUAGCCGGCUCCGCGCGUUCCCUGCAGCAGCGUACAAACGCAAACACAGUCCUCCCGGCGGCGAAAGGGACGACGGAAGGGCCGCUGAAGAUCUCGAUCGGUAAAACAGCAUCCUCCGGAUCGUCGAACAGGGUUCCGGAGUACGUUUGUCCCGGUAACGAGCUUCUCGGUUUGGCGAGAAUAUUCAGCGUGCCUUGCGAAACCGACUCGGAAUGCGUCUUUCUCGGUGCGGAUCAACGCUGCUGCAAACUUCGGUGCAGAAAAGGAGUUCUAGCGCCGCCGAGGGAGCCCGAACACCGAGCCGUCCUGGGAGUAAAUCGUAUGUGCCCUAAGGGACCGGUGCCCGAACUUUUACCUGUGAAGAGGUGCGAGGCUGACAUUGAGUGCGAGGAAGAAGGACGGAUAUGCUGCCCUGACAAGGACUUUAAACUCUACUGUCGAACCGCAGCCCCGGUAUGGUCUCAGCUUCCUUUUCCGCGCGCUCACGCUGCGAUAAUGUCUCUGAUGGAAUACAUGCAGUGUCAAAUGGCACCCCCCCCAGUACUCGACUUGUUUCCACAACCUUGUAAUCGGACGAUAGAGUGUCUUCCGAAUUUAUGCUGCCAAGAGGGGCCGAGCAAAUUUUGCAGACCACCUAGGAAAUCUGUACUAGCAUUGGUUGCUCAGGCUACGCAGAGGUUUGCAAGGGGCUGAAUAGUUGCGGUGGACCGAAAGAUGUGAAGGAAAAAGCGGUUGAUCUGUCUAAUUUUUCAAUUACACAGCCAUUCUGAAGCAAUGGUGAUAGGAAUAUUAAUUUAGCACAAAUGAGAAUGAAAGAAAAGUUGGCGUUUUUUUUUUUUUAAAGCUGUUUUACUGAUUCCCCAUCAUAAGCGAAACAUACAUUUAAAUAAUCGACAUCACUAACAUACUCGUGGACAAAAUUAUUCAAUAUCAAUUCAUUUUCUUUCUUAUGUUUAUAUACUUCAUAUUCAAAUGAAAGCUUGUUUAUCAUACGAAUCAGCCCAGCGUUUGAGGUUUGGAGUUUCAGUCCAGCUGCAAAAGAUAUCAGAAGAAAAAAUAGUUUUAAAUUUGAUCCCCAAAAAGUUACAUGUAGAAACGAUAUUGGUACGCAUGUUGCUCAAGUCAUUAAUGAUGCUUUGAUAAUGCGUUAUUGGUUGUUCCAGUACUCAACUCAUUGGAUGUGAACAAAUCAAUUUUUGUCACGAGUAAUAGUCAAUAAUAAUAAUAAUAAUAAUGUUUCAUAUCAUUAUAGCACUGGCAAAUUGUGUCAGACUCAUGAUUACUUGUCGACCUGAACACUUAACGAGUACAAUUCAAUAGACGUUAGACUAUUGAAAUUAAUGGAUGUACGGCAAUCAGAUAAGAUUAAAGUUUUAUGAGAAUCCAACAGUGCCCAAAACUAUUUUGCAAUCGCAUAAUCAAGUGAGCGAUUAGAAAUUCAGAAUUUUUCAUCUUUCGAUUGCCGUGCUUCCAUUCUCAGAUAUAUUGUUAACGCGUUGUACACAAAGGAACAUCGAGUAAGAAAUUAAAAACAUUCUGCGGCUGCA